CCCCUCGGAGACGUGUUGGCGGAGCUUAGCGGUCUCGACUCUGCGCGUGCACAUUGCUGCUUCUCUUCAGGCACGCUUCAGAGGUAACUAAUUUAGGAUGGACAAAUUCCUCAUCAAGAAGAAAAGGAACCCACUUGGAUUGGAAGAGGAGGAGAAGAAUGGAGUGGAGGAAAAAGAAGCCAUAUGGAAGGAAAUCCGGGCUGAGGGCCUACAUUGCGAUUAUAGGAUCCUUUUCAGCAAAAGCGAAGCUGAUGGGAUCCUUCUUGAACUCGAACGGGACAUCGAGUAUUUGCAAGGGGAUUUGGCCAAGCUGUAUGUGUUUGGGAAGUGGCACAACGUCCCGCGCAAGCAGGUGGCCUAUGGAGAUGCGGGGCUGAGCUAUACCUAUUCGGGGGCCACUUUCUCCCCGAAGCCCUGGAUCCCCGUGCUGCAGCGCGUCAGGGAAUGUGUCCAGGCAGUCAUCGGGCAUAGCUUCAAUUUUGUCCUCAUAAACAGGUACAAGGAUGGCCGGGACCGCAUGGGGGAGCACCGGGACGAUGAGCGGGAGCUGGAGCCGCGCAGCCCCAUUGCCUCAGUCUCCUUUGGGGCCGGGCGGGACUUUGUCUUCCGGCACUGCGGCAGCAAAGGCCACUCCACCCCCAGUCACCCCACCCCUGUCUGGCUGCACCUGGAGCAUGGGAGCCUCCUGGUGAUGCGCUUCCCCACCAACCAGCAUUGGCGUCACGGCCUCCCUGCCCGCAGGGGGGUCACGGGCCACCGGGUGAACCUGACCUUCCGGGACGUCCGGGGCAGCCAUGUUGGCCCAUAAAUCCACUCUCCCGGAGACUUGAGCCAUAGCCAAUUAUUAUCUAUAUUUAAAUAAAGGAUAUAUAUAUAU